AUGGUUUUCUUUUGGAAGCCGCCCUCCCCUUUUUCCCAAUGGACACCGUCGACCUUCACGGUCGAUGGCGUUGUUUACUCGUGUGCCGAACAAUUUUUCGCUGCAGAAAAAGCCCGUCUUUUGGGAGAUCGCUGUGCUUUGCAGAACAUCAUGCGAGUUUCAGACCCGGCCUUACACAGAAAGUUUGGCCGUGAGGUGGCGAAACAAGUUGAGGCGAUCCAUGACCAAUAUCUUGCGGCAGGUUUGAUCCAACAUUCGACCUCGCCUUACUCGAGCCCUUUGGUAAUCAUACCGAAGAAAUCUGGUGGUGUUUGCAUCACAGUCAAUUAUCGCAAGCUCAACAAGCUUUGUGCUUUGGGUCAGCUUCCGAUUCCUCGAGUCGAUGAUACUUUAGACAAGUUGUUGAAAGGGCGAAUUUAUUCCCUUUUCGACAUGAAAUCUUCGUUCCACCAAAUCACUGUGCACCGCGAUACAAUCCCUUUGACGGCAUUCGUGACGUCUUCCGAGCUUUUCGAGUGGUUGAAGAUGCCUCAAGGCAGUUCGGCUGCCCCUGGGCGGUUUUGCAAAGUUGUCAACGAAGUCAUCAAAAACCUCCAUGAUGUUGCAUCGUACUUGGAUGAUUUGAUCGUCUUUGAUGACACCCUUCCUACUCAUGUUGGUACCAUGCGCACACUCUUCGAACGCUUGCGUACGCACAACUUGAAACUCACGCCUCCGCAAGCUACUAUUGGCGCUACUGAAGCAGACUUCCUCAGACACACCAUCUCCCCUGACGGCGUUGGGCCUACCGGUGCCAAGGUUUCGGCCCUCACCAAAAUGCCUAUGCCCAGGGAUGUCAAGCAACUGCGUUCCCUUCUCGGUGGUCUCAGCUACUACCGAAAGUUCCUCCCCAACAUGGCUAAACGCAUUCGACCUCUGACUACUCUACUCAAGAAGCAGGAGAAGUUUAUCUUCACCCCUUCCAUGGAGCAAGCGGUUCGCGUUUUGUUUGCUGAGUUGGCCAAUCCUCCUGUUUUGGUUUAUCCAGAUUGGGAUGCCGUUUCAGACGGCUCGCGACCUUUUCAUCUUUACUGCGAUGCUAGUCACGAUGGGUUUGGUGGGACUCUCGAACAAGAACAGCCAGAUGGUUCUAUUCGCCCAAUAGUCUCUAUCAGUCGGGCUACUUUGGACUCAGAACGCCACUGGACUCCCCACGAUCUCGAGGCGGGUAGCAUCGUGUGGUGUAUCAAGUGCCUUCGCGGCUACUUGUGGGGUACGAAAUUUCGCAUUUUUACCGACCACAAACCUCUCGAGCAUUUUGCUAAGGCGGGGGAGAACAAUGCUCGCGUUCAGGGCUGGCUGGAGUUUCUUACCGCCUACAAUUACACUCUCGAGUAUCGCAAGGGUUCCGCAAAUGGCAACGCUGAUUUCCUCUCACGCCUCCCAGUCGCUGCGGUUGAAUGCCGCCCUUGGAAACCCGCGUCAGAUCCUCGACCCCACCCAAGUGAUCUCCACCAAGACUCGCCGUCGCAGGGCAGCUGUGGCAGGCACGCCACUCCCGCGUGUUGA